UUGCCCCGCCCUACAGUUACUUUACUGGCUGAGGGAGUUGGUUCUGAGUUUCGGAAGGUUGGUGGGAGCACUCCUGUAAUCCGAGCACUAGGGAGGCUGAGGCAGGAGGAUCUUUGCGAGUUAGAAACCAGCCUGGUCUACAAGAUGUCCAGAAAGUGGAUGACACAGCUGAGCCCAGACACGAGAGUUUGUGGCAAGUUGUUCUCAACCACCACCAACACAUCAGCUGAGGAGAAAGUCGAAUUAGGAUUUGAGCUGAAAGUCCUUGAGUCAAAUUUUGAUCUGAGCUCACACCAUACUUCAGAUUUGGUUAUAAAUCCUGGGAACUAUUCACCAGCGGAGUAUCUUCCAAUUGAGCCUGGUGAGAUGGGUGCUGGAGAGAAGCUGAGUCAGUGUCGUACAACUGGGGAAUCCCCAAGAGGUGCUGAGCAUUUUGGUCAGCAUUCCAAGAUUCCAAGUGGACAGCAGGGUUUUCAGUCUAGUGGUCAAUGGAAAGCCUUCAUCACAGAGACAAAGUUAUGGAAAGAAUGUUUGACACAUGAGAGGGUUCCUAUGGGGCAGGCCUGCUGGGAGCGUAAUGAAUCUGGGAAAGCCUGUGAGAAGUCAGCUCUCAGUGCUACAGUAGGAAGAAAGACUCUUUAUAAAAACUGUGAUCUCACUACAUGUCAGACACACACAGGGCAGAAAUCCUGUGAAUGUGGUGAAUGUGAGAAAACCUUCAUUACACAACAGAAGAAACAUUCAGAGAAUGGAGCCUGUGCAUAUGAUCAAUGUGAGAAAUCCUCCCGCUGUAAGUCAGACAUUACUGUGCAGCAGAAUCUUCCUAUUGAGGGAAUGCCCUAUGAAUGUGAUGAAUGUGGAGAGGCCUUUCACACUAAAUCAGGCCUCAUGAGACAUGAGGGCCUUCAUACUUGGGGCAAGCUAUAUGAAUGUAAAGAAUGUGGGAAAACUUUGUGCCGUAAGUCAUCUCUCACUAUUCAUGAGAAAAUUCACAGUGGGGAGAAGCCCUAUCAAUGUACUAAAUACAGAAAAGCCUUUCGCAAAAAUCACAACUCAGGAGGCAUUGUUGAAGAAUUCACACAGAGGAGAAACCCAAAAAAUGUAAUGGUCUCACAGACAAGAAGAUAACAACAGCCACUGCGCCAAGGGAAAGGAUAAAUCUCAUCAAGAGAAGUGAUAAAAGAGUGAGAAAGAGAAGUGAAUCAAAUCCUUGAAAAGCAACAAAAUGACAGAUAUUAGUACAUACUUUUUGAUAACAACACUCAGUGUAAAUUUUCUUAACUCCAAUUAAAAGACACUGACUGCCAGGUUGGAUAAAAAAAAACCAAGGCCCGUGUAUAUGUUACCAGCAAGAAAUAUACCUUAUCUGCAGAGACAUAGAUUGAAAGUGGAAGGAUGGAAAAUAAUACUCCAAUGAUCUGGAGCCCAAAAGCAAGCAGGAGAAGCUAUACUUGUGUCUGAAAAUGUAGACUUCAGACUAAAACUGGUCAGAAGAGACUAGAAGUCACUAUGUUGGUAAAGGGUUCAAUUCAUGAAAAAGAGAGAACAAUUAAACGAACAGUGCUUGAUCUAAAAGGACAGAUCAACCCCAGGACAGUUAUAGAGUGGGAUGUCAGCAUGCUUGCAAACGAGAGGAAAAAAUCAACAAAGAAGCUUUAGAAUUAAACUACAUUAUAGACCAAAAGGAUUCAGUGAAUAUCUACAGAGUAUUCCAUUAAACAGCAGAAUACAUAUUUUCUACAGUCUAUGGCUUUUUCUCCAGAAUUGGCCAUAUUUUAGUCCAUAAAGGAAAUCCCAAAAUGUAAAAGAAAUGAAAUAAUCUUACGUAUCUUAUCAGAUCACAAUGGAAUGAAACUAGAAAUCAACAGCAAAAGAAACCACAGAUACUGGAAACUACACUAACCAAGGGAGGUUGGGUAGUACCGUUUUGAAUUAUCAAUGGGUCACUGAAGAAGU